CCAUCAGCGAAGCAUAAUUUCCAUUCCCGUGCCCAGCUCGUGCCUGCCCCUCCUCCCUAUCGCGCCGGAUCGCCACCCACUCGCUGCCCCUCCCCCCACCCCACUUCGUCCCGGCCUCCCCGCCUCAGAUCCGUCCCCAAUCCGGCAACCCUAGCGCGCCGGAUUCCUCCCUCGCGUCCUUCCCCGCCCGCCCGCCCGCCCGCCCGCCGCCAUUGACCGAGGUACCGCCGCCGCGUCCUCCUCGCGCCACAAGGGGUUCCGAUCUGCGGCCCGGCGCGGGGGGUGUGGGUCCGGCUCGCCGGCUGCGGAUGCAUCCGCGCCAUCGAGGGGAGGAGGAGGAGGAGGAGGGAGCCUGGCUGGCCGGAUUCGGGAGGGAGGCGAGGAGGAUGUCUAGGAGGUCGGUGAACCCGAGCCGGCGGGUGUCGGACGGGGGCCUGCCGUCCGUCGGCGGCCUGCUCCACCACAAGUCGCGCUCGCCGCCAGUGCUCACCAUUGCCCUCGUCGUCCUGGGCGUCAUUCUUCUCAUCGCCUACUUCAACAGCGGCACAGGUGUAACUGUUACGAGCAGAGAAGCUGUGAGCAGGUCCGAAGGCUCUUGCACAUCAGAAGUUAUGCGGGCGCUUCCUUAUCUUAAAAAGGCAUAUGGCAGUGCGAUGCAAAAAGUGCUCCAUGUAGGCCCAGAUAGUUGUACAGUAGUUUCUAACUUGUUGAAAGAAGGAAAGGUUGAAGCUUGGGGGGUGGAGCCUUAUGAUUUGGAGGAUACUGACAGUAGUUGCAAAAGCCUUGUGCGCAAGGGCUUUGUCCGCAUGUCUGAUAUUAAGUUCGCCCUUCCAUACCGCCCAAAUUCUUUCAAUCUUGUUGUCGUGUCAGAUGCUUUAGAUUAUCUGACCCCAAGAUAUCUGAACAAAACACUUCCAGACUUGGCAAGGGUUUCCACCGAUGGCCUUGUUAUAUUUGCUGGCAAUCCAGGUCAGCAGAAACCUAAGGUUUCAGAACUACCAAAAUUUGGGAGACCGGCGAAAUUGCGGAGUUCUUCAUGGUGGACUAGAUACUUUGUCCAGACUGGCUUGACAGAGAACGAAGGACCAUUGAAGAAGUUUGAAGAGGCUACAUCCAAGAACGAAUACAAACCAGAUUGCCAGAUCUUCCACCUUAGUACGUAGGAUUGUGCUCGUUGAGGUGAUGCUCGUCCACAUCACCUUGGGUCAUGGCCGCACCAGUUUUGUAAGCAACAUCUUUGCUUACCUCUCCGCUGACUUGCUCAUCUUUCAUGCGGAGGAACCAGUCGCACAGAAGAGCCAGCCUUCAGCCUAUAGGUAGCUUAUGUAGAGAGAGGCUUUACCACUUGAUACUAGAGGUUCACUCUGGGAAUUAAAUUAUGUGUUAUUGAGGAUCGCAGAUUGAAGCGCGGAUGAUAUAUACGUAAGAACUACACACUGUUGUACCUUGUUUUUCUUGGUGUGUUGAUUGUCUGGACGGAUUCAAAUGUAAGCUUAUGAUCCAAGAGAAGCAAUUUGAUCCCUUGCCGCC